ACACCGUAAGUUUGACGCGUUUACCAAAGCAUUGAUUAAGUGGAAAAAAAUAACGUGAUCAGACGUAAGCAAAAUAAAUAGCUAUUGUUUUUAGAUUAACGCACUCAAGAAUUAAACGUAACACUACCUUGUUCAUACGGGUGUAUAUGUAUAACCAGCCUUACGUGAAUCCUUCCCAAGUUAUAUCGCUAUAUGUUUAAAGACACAUUUCUCAGCCGAAGACGGAUCUCCGAGCUAGGCUUGAACUCACCUUGGUACCACCCACCGAAUCAGAAGCGGGAUAUUUGGACGUUCAUGGCACACUGAGUCGAGCGCACCAUGACCGCUGAGCCGGAUGCGUUGGCCGUGGUUAACCAGCUGCGUGACCUGGCCGCCGACCCACUCAACCGGCGAGCGAUCGUCCAGGAUCAAGGCUGUCUGCCCGGCCUCAUCCUUUUUCUAGACCAUCCCAACCCCCAGGUGGUGUACUCUGCCCUUCUGGCCGUUCGUUACCUGGCAGAAUGCCGUGCCAACCGAGAGAAGAUGAGGGGGGAGCUGGGCAUGAUGCUGAGCUUGCAGAACGUCAUGCAGAAGACGACGACCCCCGGUGAGACCAAGCUCCUGGCCUCCGAGGUGUACGAGCUCCUGCAGGCGGCGGGCAGCGCCGCGGACGACCAGCCCGAGGGCGGGGCCUCCUGCCGGCGCAAGGCCCAGUUCUUCCUGGGCACCACCAACAAGCGUGCCAAAACCGUGGUGCUGCACAUCGACGGCCUGGACGACUCGAGCCGCCGCAGCCUGUGUGAGGAGGCCCUGCUGAAGAUCAGGGGCGUCAUCAGCUUCACCUUCCAGAUGGCCGUGAAGCGCUGCAUCGUCCGCAUCCGCUCCGACCUGAAGGCCGAGGCUCUGGGGUCGGCCAUCGCCUCCACCAAAGUGAUGAAAGCUCAGCAGGUGGUGAAGAGCGAGGAUGGGGAGGAGGUGCUGGUGCCGUUCCCCGAGGACGGCCCGGUGGAGGUGGAGCAGAACACGGAUCUUCCGGACUACCUGCCGGAAGAGGAGAGCCCCUCCCAGGAGCCGGACAAGGCGGUGUCCCGCGUGGGCUCCACCCAGGAGGGCGUCGGCUGGCUGAACACCGCCGCAAACUUUUUAUCCCGCUCCUUCUACUGGUGACGAGCUGGCUGCCAACCUCGCCCCUUUCGCAGACCCCGCCCACCCACCCCGCCCUCCUCACUCCUUGCCCAAUCACUCAAUAACUUGUACUGCGAUUGGCUGCCUGUCUGUCUGUCUGUGGAGUGCAGGACUGCAAGGAGCGACUCUAAAUAAACUAGCAGGAUGGGAAAAUGAGCUAGAACAACAACCGACAGAACACACACACGCACACACGCACACGCACAUGCACACACACACAUCCUCGCACAUGAGUGCAAGCACGCACACUUUUAUCCUCAGCUCACAGAACUGAAAACAUCAGCUGAUGAGAACUGGGUUCAGAAGUGGUUUCUUAAUUUUUUUUUUUUCUAUUAAUCUCUUUUUUUUCAAACUUUUUUUUAAAACUUUUUUUUUUGGUGGAGGCGGGCGCGGUAGGUGUUGAAUAAAUGUCCACAUUCCGCUCUCUGGUUCUGAAACGGGUCCAUCUUUUUCUAAAAACGAAGCGCAAGAGAAAACCAAAGGGGCCCACGCUGGUGCUUUUCCAGUGGAGAUCCCACCCCCAUCCUGGCUGCAGGCUCCGCCCACAGGCACAGACCGCCCAGGGUGGAGCUGCACUUGUUAACUUCACAAGCUCCAUUUUCCUUUUUGUGUUCGCCUUUGCCUGAUACCUCUGAAAUUAUUUUACAUUGUUUUUUUUCUCGACCUUUUUCCCCACGCUGGAUCUUUCCUUAAUUUAAUUUCCAUGCUGUAAAACCCCGUGUCUCAUGGUUGCUGCCUUCUCUUUGGGUUUACGGUUUCUGCCCACUUUUGUCGUGUGUGCCUUUUGGAAUCCUGGCAAAACUUUUUUUUUUUUUCUGUCUUCUCUCUUUUAUUUUUCUCCCUAAAAGAUCCCUCUAUCUAAAACAGAAGAUCACAGAGCAGACGCAGUCGUAGCGGGCCAGCGCGCCGGCUGCGGUCAGAUUAUGCGAGUGCUGUGCAGCUCUCUCUCUCUCUCUCUCUCUCUCUGGGCUCUGGGCCUCCUGUCGCUGUGAGAGGAGGCUCACUUCUGUGUGCUCAGGGGUUUGAUGGAGAUCCGCACUGCUAGCUCACUUGGCAGUUGACUGUUUUUUUUUUUUCCCCCCACUGUCACUUUCGUUUGCUUGGCCGUCUGUGUUAAGGAGGUUCUGUGCACAGUUGUGAGAGGAACAGGGGUUUGGCUUAGUGAGCAGAGGGGUUAGCCCUGAGUGGUGAGAAGGCAGACGUGUGUAAACGGUGUUGAGUUAAGGGUGGUGUGUGCCCUGAGCCUCGCUGUUUUACUUCCCUAGUUAACUGCUGUUCACAGCUCUGCGUAGAUACUGUCUCUCUUUUUGACGGCUUGAUUUUGGCUAUAUCACCUAUUUCUCUUUUUUUGUUUUUCUAACCAUCUGUGUGCAUUAUAAAGGUCAACAAUGCUCCUGCAAACAAUUACAGUGCUCCUCUGAACUGUGUAUUCAAGGAUAAGCCCCGAGUAAUGCUUGCCAGUUUAUUUAACCAUGUUCUAAGUACUUUUGUGUUUUUCUGAAAUUAAGUUUGACCCUUUUGAUCAAGUUCUUAUCUGAUUUUCAACAUUGUCAAGUCUUGAAAGAUUGAUUAGCAAAAAGAAACUGCCAAACUUGCCAAAUGUGUGUUUUUGUUAAUGCCUGCAUCUGAAGUGUGGUACAGAAAUCAGGCAGCCAGCAGUGUCCUUUAUACUUUGUCCGUGAUACAGAGCAAAUAGAUUACAUGAAUUCUCUUUUUAAAUCAGGUUUAUUCACUCAGAAAUGGUGCCUCUUCAAAAUUCUGAAGUACGUGCUCAGAUCUUACAGGUUACAUUAUGUCCUCCAGGUAUUUGUAACCGGACAGAUUCUGAGUUGCUGAUUGGCUGAGAAUGGCAUUGGCUGGUGAGCCACAAACUAAGGAGAGGGAGCACUCUGCAUUUAAUCUCGUAAUGCUCCUGAAUUGUCAGUUGGUCACGUUGUGAGACGUGCCUGGACCUGCUGUGGUCUGCUUUCAGACACUGAACAUGGGCAGCAUUACGCGCACCUGAAACCCAGGGUUAGAGCUUGGUUGGACGCAUCAGGAAUGUAUAGAUCUUACUCACAAGACCCAUUUGCUUGCUGUGUGCAUGCCUAUGUCUGGCUGAAACGUACCACGAUGUCUUACAAGUAUGUGUCUGGCUUUUUUUCCCCCACAAUAUGCAAUGUUUGUAUCAAAAUUCGGUUGUCACCCCACAGAUAGUUUUCCCUUCAUUUUGGCUUGAAACCAUUCAGAUUAUUAAGUGUGCGAAGUGUAAACUGCGAAUGUUGAUAUUUACACUAAUAUCCAGUGAUUUACCUUAGUAUGUAGCAUAAGUACUAACCAAGGGAAAUGUAUGUGGUGAUUCCACUGAUGUUUGCUAAGGGUCCGAUCCUAAUGCUAAUCCCCGCAUUAAAGAUUUGAAGUGGCGUCCAUACACUUGUUUUGUUGCUGCACGCACAACCUUUUGACUUUAUUCUUAAAGUGUUUUUUAAUUUAAAAAGUCUGUUACAUUUUCACCCCACCUACUGUUAAACACCACAUUUUCUGAUAUGUACAGAACCAAUAUUUGCAAUGGUUUUUGUUUUUUAAAAUCACUUCUGGCACCAUCGUGUUUCCAUGUCAAUGACUUGUGCUUGGAAUCUGUUCAGGUAUGUCUGUAUAUAAAUGUAUAUUUUAUGUUCUUCCUGAAGAAAUGCAAGGCAAAGAAUGUUCAGGGGCUGUAGCUGCUCUGUUGGCCCUUUGCACCAUCUAGUGGUGAAAGCCAGGUACUGUUGCUUUAGGGGAGCUACUCUUUGAGCCAAUGAGAGAAAAACCAUCACUGCAGCCAAGUGACCCCUGGAGUUGAGUACAGUCUUCGUUAGCGGCUUUGCCGGCUUCAUGCGUUCGAGCUUUGCAUCCACAGUGUGUUUGUGUAUUGUACAGUAUGUGAAGUGUCAUGAGAUCUCAGAAGCAUUACCUGUCUCAUUGACGGAUACCUGCAGAGAACAUUGGAUAAUAAAAUUUGAAACCAA